UUCGCCGCAAAUGAUUUCCAGUCCCUUCAGUGUCUUGUCUGAAUAUUUGACACCAUAUGAUUUGAAAACGCUGUGUAAUCUGGAUGUUUUGAAACUUUGCGGCCUGAUCUGUGCGUUUUAACAUAACAGAGUAUUAAUUAUUAUUGAUUAAUGUUGUUAAUCGUGUAUAGUACUUCAUUUUGAUGCAAAAAUUGCGGAGGAUGAUAUAUCAACUGAACGGCCAAUUCAAACUGUUGUCACUGUUAAUAUUAAUUUCCCAGUUUCCAACACCAACAAAGCCACACUCUUUGGUACGAACACGUCGCCAGGACCAUGAAGACGCAGUAGUGGACAACAUCCAGGUGUACCAUAUCGCCAACGGAUCAGGACCGUAUUAUUUCGCUCCUCCGGUGCAACCGGCUGCACCGGCGCCAUACCAACCGGCAACCACACAGUACGCCAUGAACCAGCCGUAUUAUCCUCCGAAUUACGGAUCUCCGCAGGUUCCCCCAUAUAACGGCUAUCCCUCGUAUUCCGGCAUUCCGUUUAGUUCGGGAUUAUUGGGAUCAUAUCUAACUGCCUUGUUAGCCACUCAGUACGGACUGGGUUAUAAUUAUCCCGGUUAUGGGUUUGAUGGAUACCAGCAGUUUCCGUAUGACGCGACAUCGUACAUUAACAGACCAUACGGGUACGCCUCCGCUUAUGACACCCGUUUUCGAGGUUAUGCGGAUGGCUAUAACGACCAACUAUCAUCGUAUUAUUUGCCCUAUCCCUUCGGUUAUCCACCCCGUAGUGAUUACCCCAGUAAAUUAGCGGCUAAUACCGGAUACGGUUACGGAAGCGAUUACGGGCCGACGAGCUAUACCGGGUACCGGUAUGAUGGGGAUAAUUACGGUUAUGGCCGGCGAGGCUACCGGCAUCGUCCCCGUACUGCGGACAGUGAAGACGACGUAGUCGAAGAUAGCUUUAGAAACGCCGGGAAUAUUGUGAAUUCAAAAUUGGAUUCCACAAAUAUCACCGACACCGGCAACGCGGGCGCAGUAUGA